CACGAAAACGCGCCGCUCGGAAAAAGAUUAGGGACCCCGCCUCACGACGAACGUCCCCCUCCAUGCCUUAGGUACCUAACGUACAACCUCAAUUGAACGUCCCGCUCUUACAACAAAAUACACGUCUAUCAACGCAUAAUCUACGAUUUCUUCGAACUAUCACGUACAUCCGACCGCAAAUCGGGUACUUCCAAAUGCCCACCUCGACCUCGACCUCGACCUCGACCUCCGACUCCUCACAACCAACACAACAACCCAAAUCCGACACAAUGCCACCCCCGACCUCGCCCUCGACGAUACCCCUAACCCUAAUCCUCGCCGCAACACCCUCCCUCGGCAUCGGCCGCGCGGGCGGUCUCCCCUGGCCGAUGCUCAAGAAAGAAAUGGCCUGGUUCGCGAGGGUCACGAAGCGUGUUGCCUCCUCGCCCACCUCUCCCCAAUCCUCCUCCGACGUUGCCACCGCACAAAAAAUUAAUGCGGUGAUAAUGGGCCGCAAAACUUGGGACUCCAUCCCGCCGCGCUUCCGCCCGCUGAAAGAUAGGCUUAACGUCGUUGUCACGCGGGACGUGUCUGGUUUCCGCGCCGCGAAUAAUCUGUCGAAGGACGGUGAUGAGGUGGAGGGGGGGAAAGAAGGGCCGGUCGUCGUGGGGAGUUUACCUGCUGCGAUUGAGGCGCUACGUAGCGAGGGGGGGAGGCAGGUUUCACGGGCGUGGGUGAUUGGCGGGGCGAGUAUCUACGCGGAGGCGCUGGGGUUGAAGGAGACGAAUAGGGUGGUGUUGACGAAGAUUAAGAGGGAAUACGAGUGCGAUGCUUUUUUCGCGGUGGACCUUGAGGGGGGGGAAGGGGGGUGGAGGAGGGUGGGGAGGAGGGCGUUGGAGGAGUGGGUUGGGGAGGAGGUGCCAGAGGGGGAGGUCGUGGAGGGGGAUGUGGCGUUUGAGUUUUGUCUUUUUGAGAGGGAUUGA